AUGAACAUGGGUGACCUUUCCAAGGAUGAUGACUUCCUUAGCCAUUUACUAGUCGAGAAGCUUGGAACAGGCGCAGUCCCAUUGCUCGUUCAUAAGAUGGAUCCAUCUCGAAGACUCCCAAAGACCAAUGCCGAGGAUCUCAUGCAAAUCGUUAGACGCUUGGUUGCAAGUAAGCUCGGUGCUCAGAAUGCUGUCCGACAAUCCGUGGACGACCUCCUCGCUCUGCCUUCUGUUCGUUACUACCUCAAGCCUUACACGCAGAAGCAGAUUAAUGCUUUCGCCACCCACGCCUCGCGAUACUUUGAGCUCUACAACCCUGCAGGGUGCAUAGAAAUUGCUCACACGUCUAGAUACUCUCACAGGACAGGAAAGUCAGAGUUAUGCAUCCUCGCUACACGCCCCUUAGCCCCUGGUGUGGUAAUCAUUGAGCUGAAGGGAUCAAUGGCACAUCUUUCGAAGGAAGAAGACAAGGAACUCAAGCGCACCGACCUGAGAAAUAUCGACAUCAGGAGGGACUUUAGUGUUAUCCAUUCACGACAAAUGAAGAAGAACCAUCUAUUUUUAGGGCCUGCCCGUUUUGUGAACCAUGAUUGCGACAACAAUUGUGAGCUUUUUCGCGAAGGCAAGUACAUCACGUUUCGCACUCUCCGAGCUAUUUCUGUCGGCGAAGAGAUUACUGCGCAUUACGGCGAUGGUUACUUCGGAGGCAAGAAUCGACACUGCCUCUGUGAAACUUGCGAGAAGAACGGCAGAGGAGGCUACGCUCCAGACCAUUUUGAUGGCGAUGUGGAUUCGGGCGGUGAACAAGAUGCCGAAGCGUCAGAUGACGAUGCUGAGGCGCAUGCCGCGACAGUUGCUGAUGUCAACGAACGCAGAACGCGACGUGGUGUUUACGCCAUCAUUCAGGAGGAAGAUUCUGAUUCUGAGGAGAGCGAUGACGAAGAUAAGGAGGGUGACAAACCACUUGCGAACGUUCCUGAUGCUUCUGGGGAUGAUGAAGUGGAUAUGGAGUUAGGCGGGGAAGCUUCCCACUUGGUAGCAGUUUCCUCGUCCUCUCGUCAUUUUCCGGUCAUAGAUGCGAUAGUGGCCACGCCUGAUCCGGACGUACAGCCAUCACGUAUGACAUCGCUGAGCGCCGAAGGAUCAGCGUCUUCCAAUAAGGGGAAAGCGCAGGCAAAGUCCGUCAUUUUCACUCGCCGACAGACACAGGAAUCGUCCAGCAAACAUUCUACUCCUGCUCCCCAUGAUACUUUGCACAACCUCUCGUCCCGCCUUAGAGGUCAAAAUCUUCGGGAUAGCGUGUCUGUCACGCCUAGUAGGAGCAAAGGAAAGGAGGCGGACAAGACUCAAGUCAAGGAAGAGUCUGAAGCAAGAGUUCUCCGAGCGCGCCCUUCCGUAGCCGGGGAAAAAUCAGAUCUAGUUGGGCCCCCGAAGCGCGAGAUUCCUCGUGGUUCAGAUGGACGUCCGCUGCCGAUGUGCGUGACGUGCUCGAAUGUCUUGCCUGUGAUUUCCGUGGAUUCCAAAGUGGUGUGGGGUCUGAAUCUAGACUCCCCGCGGAAAGGCAAGAAGUCCAAACAAAGACAAGAGUGUCCAAGAUGUAUGCGUCACGUCGCCAUAUAUGGUCAGCCAUGGCCGGCUCGCCUUCCAAGCCAAGCCAUUGUUGCUCCACCUCGCGAUGACGUCGAAGCCAGCUCCUCGCGGCGCCCCCCUCAGAAGACUACCCCUGCCGUGGAACGCAAGCAUGUGCCCCCCCGUCGAUGA